GAGUGAGAAUGAGAAUUUGAGUAGAUGAGAUUCUGAUACUAGAAAAGAAGUUUAUUCAAUCGGAGUUAAGAGUAUCAUAAGUCCUGCUAGAGCAAGUGUUUCCAAACUUAAUGAGAAUGAUGAUCUUGAAGUAAAAUUUGACCAAAGAGAAAAUAUACAGGAAGAAGACAAAAAAAUUACUUAAUCGGAACAAUGGUAAUGAUCACAUGUGUCCUUGUACUGACAAUGAAGCACACCUUGGUGAGGAUGAUCUCCUUCUCGAGUCCAUACAUCUCAGUUUAUGAUAUUCUUCUAUUCAGAGGUGCUUUUAUGGCUGCUUUUACUAUCUAUACACGAACAAAAUUAUUUAAACAACACACCACAUAUCUCCAAAAUGCUGUAACUUCCUUUCUAUCAUCCACGCCAGCAAAUUUGACCUCACUCCCUAACCCACCACAGCAUUCCUAAUUUCUGUAUUUCCUUGGUCACUAAGCCCCAUCGAGAAGUAUCUGGGUUACCGAAAACAGCACUUUUCUUCAUAAUUUUAAGGUCGUUUUUAUGAAGAGUUCUGCUGUUGAAGUUAGGGUUGUUAAGUAAUAGUGAGAGAUGGCUUAUUCGAGUAUUAGUGAUAUAGGUGUGAUACACUUUGAUAGGAUUUAGGAAUUGGGAUAUUUGUUGUAAAUUGUUAUUUAGAGAGUUAUAGUGGGGCCAGACUUCCUCUUUCAAAGUCAACUCUGAUCUUUAGCUGCAGUGCGACCACAUGGGCGAUCUUAGCGUGGAUAUUUUUAAGAGAACGUCUUGGAUGGACAUAUGUGAUUUGAUUGAUUGGAGGAAUUUUAGGUGUUUAUGUACUCUCUAUGGGUAAGGAAGAUACUCACAAGCAAGGAGGCGUGCCUGCAUACUUCACUUCAAUUAUUGCAGUUUGGGCAACCGGAGCAUCUGUUGUGGCUUCACGUCAGCUUAACAUCUACAAAGUUCAUUUUAGUUUAUUUGGCACUUCCAACGGAAUACAUUUCGUUGUUGCGACAGUCAUCUGUUCUUUCGUAUUCGAGGACGUGUUUCACUUUGAAAUGUACACAAGUUAUAACAUUUUCAUGCUCAAUUUAAGUGGAUGUCUCACUCUGAAUAUAGUGCAUGCAGCUUGAGGAUGUGCCUUCAUGGUACUUAUUAUGUAGCCACCCAGUACAUAGAAGUUAUUUAUGUAGGGCAGAUAAGGAAUUUGGAGAUAAUAUUCACUAUUUUCAUUGAUAUCUUCGUGUUCAACUGCACGUUCACAUCAAUCGAUAUUAUUGGCAUGUCAAUUCUUGGGAUCUGUAUUGCAAUUUUGUUGGUGGUGAAGUUUAUAUAA